GAAAGCCUCCCACGAGAAUAACUCAAAGCCGUCUGCAUGUAGUAGUAGCACACGGCUACGCGCAACAACAAAUCCGACUCACACUCACACACUAUACACACACGCACACGCACACGCACACACGGCCACAGGCACAAACCUCGCUCUCUGACCCCGGCCCGCUUUUCUGGAGCCCCGUCCGCGCAGAGCACAUCGUGCUCGUCGGAGGGAGUGAUCAGGGGGGUGCAGCUGGUUCCUGAGACUCACUCGAGCGAGCGACCUCGUACUCGACCGGCCAUGGCGGCGGCGGCGGCACCGCGUCCCCUGAGGACCUCCAUUGCGCUGCUCCUCCUCGCCCUCGCCCUCUCCGCGCUGGUGCCGUCGUCAGAUGCGUACGAUUCGCUUGAUCCGGUUGGGAACAUUACGAUCAAGUGGGAUGUGAAGAAGUGGACGGAGGAUGGCUACGAGGCCACCGUUUCACUGUACAACUACCAGCAGUAUCGCCACAUCCAAGCGCCGGGAUGGAAGCUCGGCUGGGCGUGGGCGGGGAAGGAAAUGAUCUGGACAAUGGCCGGCGCCCAAACCACGGAGCAGGGCGAUUGCUCCAACUUCAAAGUGGAGCCGCCGCCGCACUGCUGCCGGACGGACCCGGAGGUGGUGGACUUCCUUCCGGGGGCACCCUACAGCCAGCAGACCCCAAACUGCUGCAAAGGAGGAGUCCUCAGCUCAUGGGGACAGGACCCCGCCAACGCCAUUGCCACAUUUGACGUCAGGGUUGGCCGGGCAGGGACUACGAACAGCUCCGUCCAGGUGCCCGCCAAUUUCACCCUCAAGGCCCCUGGGCCAGGGUACACCUGCGGGCCUGCAAAGGAAGUAGACCCUACCAAGUUCAUUGUCGGGGACGGGAGGAGGACGACUCAGGCCCUCAAGACAUGGAAUGUGACGUGCACAUACUCGCAGUUCGUCGCGGGAAGAUCCCCGACGUGCUGCGUUGCGCUCUCGUCGUUUUACAACAGCACCAUAGUCGACUGCAACACGUGCUCAUGUGGCUGCCAAGACAACAACACAAACCCAGUGAGCUGUGUCAAGCCCAACUCACCUUAUCUGGCUUCUGUCGUGCCCGGGGAUAGCACCAACAUCCCGGCACCUCUCGUCAAAUGCUCCUCUCAUAUGUGCCCAAUAAGGGUGCAGUGGCACGUCAAGGCUAACUACAAGGACUACUGGAGGGUGAAGAUCACGGCGACAAAUCUCAACUACCUGAUGAACUACUCGCAUUGGAACCUCGUCGCGCAGCACCCGAACUUCAACAACCUGACCACUAUCUUCAGCUUCAGAUACAAAGAUCUGAACCCUUAUGGAACAAUAAACGACACCGGGAUGAUGUGGGGCAUCAAGUACUACAAUGACCUGCUCAUGACUGCCGAGCAUAAUGGAAAUGUUCAGUCUGAGCUUUUGUUCCGGAAGGACCCGGACACCUUCACCUUCCAGAAAGGAUGGGCGUUUCCGAGGCGAGUGUACUUCAACGGCGAGAACUGCGUGAUGCCGCCUCCAGAUGCGUACCCAUGGCUGCCGAACGCUUCUCAUCGACUGUCGGCGUCACUUACCAUUCCAUUCAUAACCGUUUGGACAGCAUUGGCAUUCUUGCUGGUUCAUGCGUAGUGAAGGUCGGUCCAAGGAGGAAUGAAUACAUUAGAUGGAAUUGCACAGAGGUUUUCACAUGAUUAUUGAACAAAGGUUUAGAUGACAACUAUCUUGGAGUGCAGAUUCAGAUUCAGAUGAUUAUUGAACAACCUAACCAAGCCUGAAGCUCUGGCUGAUGGUUGUACAUUACUACUUGAUGUGCUUCCUUUUUUUC